CGCGCCGAGCCACGUGGAAGGGCUGCAGCCUUCGCAGGGAAACGUUAAUUAAUGUGGGUGGGCUGAGCGCGCUCCGCGGCUGUUUAUCGGAGCCCAUUUCUUUUCCAGCGCUAAGUCAACACAGAAUCGCAAACUUACAACAAGCAUUUCGCGUUUCCUCCACCCCCUUCUUCUUCUUCUUCUUCUUCUUCUUCCUCCUCUUUUUCUUCUCCUUUUUUUUUUUUCCUCCCCGCUUUUGGGGAAAAAAAAAGCGCGCUAUGAAGCUGGGGCAGAGGGAGAGCCGGCGCGAGAGAAGCGAGGACGCGCGGUCGCCAGCGUCCCCAGCGCAGGCAGCUCCGGGGAGGCGCGGGGAGGUCCCCCCUUUCCUCGGCCUUAGCUCGCGCGCGCCCGAGCCGAAGCCGGAGUGACUCCGGAUCUGCCAUGAGCCAGCUCUACCCCAGCCAGCUCCCUGCCCCGAUGGUUUACCUCUACGGGGCCGAGAGGGGAGCCCUGUCGGGAGCGCUAGGCUUCGCCCCGGCGGCGGCGGUGCUCCCCAGGCAGGACUCUCCGCAGAAGCCGCCCUACAGCUACAUCGCGCUGAUCGCCAUGGCCAUCCAGCAGGCGCCGGAGCAGAAGGCGACGCUCAACGGCAUCUACCAGUUCAUCAUGGAGCGCUUCCCCUUCUACCGGGAGAACAAGCAGGGCUGGCAGAACAGCAUCCGCCACAACCUCUCCCUCAACGACUGCUUCGUCAAGGUGCCCCGCGAGAAGGGCCGCCCGGGCAAGGGCAGCUACUGGACGCUGGACCCGCGCUGCACCGACAUGUUCGAGCGCGGCAACUACCGGCGCAGGAAGAGGAAAGCCCGCGGCGGCCCGCAGGCAGCGGACGGGACUGGGCCCGACCGGGAGGGCGCCUCUUGGGAAGCCCCCAGGAGGCGCCUCCCGAGCCCCCGCCGCCAGCAGCGCCCCCGCCUCCCCCUCCAGCCCGGCGAAGAGGAGGAGCUGCGGCCGAGCCCCGGCAGCCGGGGGGAGGAGGAGGAGGAGGAGGAGGAAGGCGGCGAGGAGCGGGACGCGCGGGUCCCGCUGGUGGCAGCGGCGGCUGGAGGGCGAGCCCCCAAGCCAGGCCCCGCCGAACUGCCCCUCCGGGGGUCCCCAGCUGGUCUCUCCUCGCCGCGCCCCACCGCGUCCCCCGCGGAGGAGGACCAGGGCCCCUGCCUCGGAGAGGGCACCGCCGCGCGCUUCUGGGCACCCUCGGCGGCCAGGCUUCUCCAGAGCCCCGGGGCGCCCCCGCGGGCUGCGGCCCCCGCGGGCAACCGGGCCGACCCGGGAGCCGCGAGGAGCUCGGCCAAGCCUCGCAGCUUCAGCAUCGAGAGCAUCCUGGCGAGGAAAGGGCGGGCGGCGCCGGCCAAAGGCGAGCCCAGAGCGGGCGCCUCCAAACUGGAGCAGUUGGUGGGCAGCUGCGCGCCGUCCGGGAGCAGCGAAGCGCGCCCGGCUUUCGACGCCUCCCUGGGGCUGGAUUCCCAUCUUCAAGGCCGGUUCUACCAGCUGGGGAUCCCCUUCCUGUCCUACCUGCCGCUCCGCUUUCCGGAGACGGUCUUCCAUUUCUAGAGCGCAGCAGCUCCGAGCGCUGGGCCGGGCGCGCCUGGGCGCGGCCAUGCGGGGCACCCCGCCUAGGGAGGUCCGUCUUUCCCGGAGUCCGCUGGAAGCGGGGUUCCCACGCGCAAGCCCAACCCGAAUCAGCAGCCCGGCCGGC